AUGUCCUUAGUUACUCUCGAAACACAAACCCAAAUCAACAACUAUGUCCAUGCACCACCGACGUCUUCCCGGCCCGUUUAUGAACCCGCCUGCCUGGAACCCCAGUCCGGCCACCCUCCCGGCCGUCCCGUUUGCGAAAUCUGUCGGGCCGGCGUCACGCUCUUCUUCUCGGCGUGGACACCCACCGACGCGACGUCGAGAUCAACACCCAACACAGUAUGUACGGUACGGAGCGAUCCGCCGUUUUUUUUUUUUUUUUUUUUUAGACAGGCUCCGAUUAAUAAUAAAUUGGACUUCGAUCCCUACUUGCAAUGUGCCCGAAGUGCCGAAUCCCGAGUUGCGGCGGUCUUGUCCUAUGUAA